GAGAGAUUAAGUUCUUAUGAUUACCGAAAUAAUUUUUUGAAUGUGAGAAAUUAGAUUGGGGAAAUACAAAACCAUUAUUUUUCAGGUAGAUGGCUGUCUCUUCUUGUAUAAGUACGAUCGAGUUACGCUAGAGGCGCGAUAAAGAUGAUAUUUCGUACUAGACACAGCUCUCAGAGAGUUUUAUGAUUGCUUGGCUGAGUUUUGUUUGAGUGGCGUCAAAGAAGAGAAAAAAAAUUGACUCGAUUAUAUACAGUGAAAAGAAAUGGGAGGCUGUAUAUAAUCGAGGCCGCUCUGUAACUGCCCGGUCUAACCGCCCUGUAUCUGGCAUUAAUUUUACAUACGGUUAGUAAUAUGUAAAGAAAAUAUGUACAUUCUACUAAUGUUUGCUUUACCAAAGAUUUGGCAGCUUCUUUUGCCAAUGAUUUUUAUGGGUGUAGGAGUUGUCUCGGUUACCUUCUCAGGUUGGCCAGUGAUAUAUUCUGCCGUCACGAACUCUUUGGUAAUAAACCGAAUUGACAAAAUAACGAUUCAGUUCACUCCCGUAGUGUUCCCUAGGAUAUCCAGAGAUAUCUACCGCUGCUGCGUAUUUGAAUACAAAUAGAUUGAAACGUUUGACAUGGAGUUCUCUCGGUUGCUUUUAUAGGUUGCACUAAGAGUUGCAGCUGUGUUGAAGAUAAUUCGAUUUUUUGGUCGAAUUCCGUCGUUGACCUAAAUACUUACCGGCGUGAAUCCAAUAAGUAUCUAAAAUAUAGUUAUAUAGAAGGGUGAUACUGAAUCGACUCUUUAUAUUGUAAAGGCCAUAAAGUACCGUUCUGAAUCAUAUUUCGGACGCUUAAGGCAUUUGAUGCAGAAAACAGAUCUAAACUUCAUGCACAGGUAUUGUUUGGUUGAUAUUUUUAAUAAAUUAGUUCAAUAUGCUUAUAAGCUUUCUGCUAUGAUACUUAUUUGAUUGAAUACAUGAAAAAAAGGCCACAGGCCAUAGUUGACGUAGGAUUCCGUUGGCUAUCUGUUGAUUUUGGAUAUGUUUGAAGAAUUACAUCGUUAAACUCUUUGAUAAUGAUUUGGUGACCAAACGACCCGUUCUCGAGCGGUAACACACCUUGGUUUUUAUUUAUGAAAAUUGAAAUAAAUCGUUUCAUAUAUGAAGUAAUUUUCAACACAACUGCUACCAUAUAUUUUACACUUACACUUGUAAUAAAUUUUUCACAAUACACGAUCAGUCAUUGAUAUGCAAUUCCACGAAGCAACAUUUCGGUGGGAGCAAAAGCUCCCCCUACUAUCAUGUAUUUGCAAAGCCGAUUUCCCCCAGGCAGCUUGGUUUUGAUGUCUCUGUUAGGGACCCGCCACACGUGUCGUAAAUUUCGACCAAUCAGAUGUGGUUAUUUCCGUCAGGAUAGGGGUUGAAAUUUUUCAAUAGUUCGAUAGUUAGUUUCAUGACAUAUAUUAUUAUCUUCAAUAUAAAAAAUUGUUUUGGAGUGGCGGAAUCGAUUGACGCAAAAAUUUCAUCAAUCCAUCAUGAAAUGACUGAGCAAUAUGCGUUUGAAAUUGGACAAUUUUCACGAUGUGCUCGAUUUUCGAUUUUCAAUUUAUACCCCAACAUGUUCCCGAAAGACGUAAUCCUACGUCAAAAAAAUAAAUACAUUUAAAUUUUAUCAAUUCAAAACUGCCUUCGGGCCUGCUAGUUCGAUGGGAGAUUAAUCAGCCUCCCUAAAUGAAUAUUGCUCAUGGCGUCGCUUGGUGCCGCCGAAAGCAGACUCGUUUGCUGAGGAGUGCUGAGCGACAAUGAAAAUGUCUUUCUAAAGGUAGGUCGAGAAAGAGUAUGAGCUAGUUUUCUUCGCAAGGGCCCUUCUCAGGGCUAGAGACGAAUGAACGUAAAGUUUAAAAUCUCUAUAAUUCAAAAGAAGAAAAAUAUUGCUACCAGAUGUCACGAACUUCGACAUUUUUUGCUACUAUGGUGCUACUCGCCCGUGUAGUUGGCGCAAAGGCACCGCAAAAAUAUUAUUUUAUAGAAUUCCUUCAUGCAUUUGUCUGAUACGGGCUGUGUAUCGUUCGUUCUUGUUUUUAAAGGGACUUUAACCCAAAGGUCAUUCGUCCCUAACGAGCUGUGUAUGACUGGAGCGUUCCGUUAUAUACAUGCAUGCAUAUGUCCUUCGCUUCUUUUGCCAAAUCCAGUAAAAGGUUUAAUGGGCUGUACGGAAUCUGCUGCGUUUCUGUCGGAUGUAGCAAUUUAGUUUUGGGAGCGGUAACUUUUACGGAUUCGCUGAUGCUUUCCUUGACUUUGGCGCCAUCGGCUUCUGUGCGUCGAUUUGCGAGGGUUUGAUUGGCACUACCACGACGAGCUAAACGACGGAUAGUGGGUGUGAUACGAUGCGAUGCAAUGCACUUCGCUCCUCUGCCUCCUUUGCCGCAUCCAAUUGUUGAUGUGAAGAGGAUCGCACCAGCAAUGCACACUAGAUUUAAUUCAAUGCUCUCCGCUGCUUCCUCUUCUUUGCUCCCUUUGCCGCACCGCAUCCAUCGUUGGUUGCCGAUGGCUUCCUCUCCUUUGCCGCAUCGUAUGGUGUUGGUUGAUUUGUAGAGCACUGCACACUAGAAGCCCAGAUGUUUGCCGAUCUGAGCAUUGAACGAGAAUGAGAAAUCCAGGUCAGGUCAGGCCUUGUAUUAUAGAGACUUUAAACUUUUGCAGUUCAUUCGUCUCUAGCCUUGAGAAAGGCCCUUUGAAAACUCUACUCUAUUCUACUCCAGCGCUACCACCUCCACCCUCUUGCCUUGAGAAAGGCACUCGAUCCCUCGCCGUCCAGCUCGUCCAGCAACGAUGUUGUCCAGUCGGUGUCCACACAAAAAAUGGAGAAAUCCAAAAAUGCUACCGUCCUUUUAUAUCAGUUAGUAUGUGAUAAAUAGGCGCCCCCCACUCGCUCGCCAUGCAAAUAUUUGACUUAUCGGGUAACGAAAGAAGCGAAGCAGGCGAAAAAGAAAUGACGUCAAUUUCGACCAAUCAGUACCGUUUGAAUAGGGAUUCAGAUUUUUCAAUUGUUCGAUAGUCAAUUACAUGAUAUAUAUUAUUUUAUUCAAGGUGAAAAAUUGUUAUAGAGUGCCGCAAUAUUUCGAUGUAAAAAUCACAUCAAUCCGUCAUGAAAUGACUGAGCAAUAAGCGUUUGAAAUUGGACAUUUUUCACGAUGCGAUCGAUAUUCGUUUUUCAAUUUGUACCCCAAUAUGUUCCCGAAAGACGUAAUCCUACGUCAAAAUAACAACAACUUGGUCUGUCUAAAAGUGUACUGUAAUCUUCCGAGCAGUGUAGCCACACGAACAGAUUUAUCUGGAAAAGUACAGAUUUUUUUCGUAAUUUUUGGUACAGAUUCUGUACGGUACAGAGUAAAGAUUUUCGUCAAAAAGUACAAAUUGGUACAGAUUUUUUCCACGUGUGAUAUUUCUUACAUUCGAACUAAGCAACAUUAAGGUAAAUGACGACUUUUAAGCCGCAGUAUCGCUUGGAGCGAUUUUUUUUAAAUUUUCAUUCAUAAUUGUACAGAUAAUACAGAUUUUUGGACGAAAAAGUACAGAUGAGAAAGAUUUUUAAACCCUCUGGUACAGAUUAAAAUGUGGCAACACUGCUUCCGAGCAUACAAAGAUCUCUUAAAAAUUGUCUACAACUAUUGAUGGCUUGUAAACUUAUAAUAAAACUUUUACCACUUGUUUUUUUAAUUAACUUGGUAUAAUAUUCUACAACCUCUUUUGUGAUUUUUUUUUUCCAAAAUAUAUAUUUUUAUAAAGGCUCAUAUGACGUUAGCCUCACGGGGCCGGGAGUUCAUCUCUUUUGUGAUAUUUGCAAGCAUUUAUCCCGUCCCCUAUUUUUCCCCAAAAUGCUUGUCGUUGAUAGAUGUUUCUAUAUGUUAUAGCUUCAUGGUUUAAAAUAUAUUUGAAUUCAAGUUAUUUGUUGUUCAAGGUAAUAUAAUAAUUCAAGCUUAUUCACAGAGCUUCAAUCUUGAUUCUUCAUUUUUAUCAGAAAGUCUCAUCUAUUUUGUCAUUAUACUUUUGUACCAAUUUUGCUGUCUUAAUUCGUGAAUUUGCACCUUUUUUGCCUUUUCAGAUCUUCAAGUUUUUCUUACUGCUCCAUCCGUUCUUCCUAGUUCCCCAACUUAGCGAAUGUUUGGAUUCCUUUUUCUUUCCGUUUUAACUCAAUUUUCUUGUUGCUUUACUCAAGUUUUUGGCGCUUCGACUUUUCAAUCAACAUCUUCGCUGGUUCUACUACUUUAUACAACAUAUCCCAGGACUCGUGUAACGUGAGGUUUACUUUUACCUGAGUUGAUGAGUGAGUUACCAGGAUACACAGCAACAUAGGGAGGGUUCAACGUUUCUUCUGUUAGAAGUUCAUCCAGUUGCACAUUGUUCACUAAUCACUAUCACUAUCAGCUAGUCUUCAGUUGAAAAACAUGUGUAUUAUUUAUACAAUAUUUCAAAAUAUUUUGGAACGUUAUAUGAAUCUACGCUUUGCAUCCAUAAUAAACAUGAAAACUUACAUUGUAGUAUCACUAAUUUCAACGAUCCAAAAUAUGAAUCGUAGAGAAAAAAUUCGAUUCAAAUUUCGGACACUUUAUUUUGUAAUUUUUUGAAGGAAUAUUACAUUAUACUUGAUUAUAUUUUAUAGUCAACUACGAAACACUGCUUGGUAAAUAAACUGAUAACGAUGAAGAGAACUGAUGAAAUUCAAAUAUUGAUGAACGGUUAAAUUCUACAUGCUCAUGCUAAGCGAACGUCAAACACAAACGAUAAUGAAUAGUGCUGUUGAAUUUUUUACUUCUGUGUUAUAAUUCAAAUGUAAUUCUCAUAUAAAAUGAUAUUGACUCUUACUCUUACUCUAAAAAAUCAAUUGUGAUAUUAAUUUCAUAGUUAUAUCAUCAGUGGCUUGGUGCACUUUUUUCAAGAUAUAAUUAAAAAGUAUCCCAAAUAUGAAACUGAAUGAAUGGUACCUAAUGUUUUAUUUUUUCUGUGGCAAUACUGAAGCUAUAUGGAAAUAAUCUUUUUCUAGAUUUUUGCCAGUUGGUAAGAUUCAUGAGUGUAAUAGAAGAGAAGUACAGAGAUUCUAACCAUCAACUAUCUCGCAAAAUCUUAAUGAACAUGAAAAAACCGCAUGAAAAAAAUGUGCAAAACUUCACCAGUAGCUUUAAAAAAACCGUGUUCGGUACACAAUUUGAAAAAAAACCUUUUUUGUGCGGUAGAUAGGGAUCGCAUAAAAAAAGUUUCUCCCAAGAAAAAAAAUCAAAUCGACGCCGUUCACCGUUCGAAUUCCUUUUGUUUCCCUGCUUUGCGAUGGGACAGUUUGCCUUUUCGGUUGCACGUGGUUGUGUUGUGCUUUUAACGGGUGUUAAAUAAAAAUGAGAAUUUUUUCAAUACCUUUCAGAAACUCAAAUAAAGAGCGUAACAUUUUCUUUCUCCAAGAAAAUUGCUCCUUGGGCUCCCUAGAAACAGUAGGCGUGUUUGGUUUUGCUAGUUUGAAUUUAGUCAAAGCAAAGAUGGCGUCGAAACAGCACGUGCUCCGCGAACGCAUUGUACGGUUCUACGAAACGCAUUUCCAGCAAGGAAAAAAGUUCACGGUGGCACAUUUUAAGGAAGAAAAUGUACCUGUCAGUACGGUAUAUCGUAUCCUGGGUUCCCUGAACGUAGAGCGGAAGGUCGGAAGUGGUCGUCCGGUGACGAUAAUGACGAAGCAGAGGAAGACAUCGUUAAAGAAGCUGUUUGACAACAAGGACGCAACCAGCCUGCGUGACGCCGGUUGGAAAUAUGGCUGCUCCCACGUAUUGAUCCAUCGGACCCUCAAGAUGGAAGGAAUCGUCUGCAGGAAGAAGACGAGGUCGCCGGAGUACACGGACGAGCAGAUUGAGACGGUUAAAUCACAGUGUCGGUGGAUGACCAAAAAAUACCGCGGGACGUCUUUCGUUCUGGACGACGAAAGCUAUUUUCCGCUGUCCAAAACGCAUAUUCCAGAAAAUGAUAAUUACUACUGCAGCGACAAGUCAUCCACACCGCCUGAAGUGAAAUACAAGUUCAAGCACAAGUUUGAAAAAAAGGUUAUGUUGUACAAUGGAUUCCGACCAUUUCCGACCAUUUCCGACCGGGGCAUUUCAAAGCCUUGGUUUAAGCCGAGCGGUCUGGCAAUCAACCAACAAAUCUAUCGAGAAGAGUGCCUCGAUAAAAGCCUGCUGCCGUUCCUGAACGAGCAUCACGCGGAUGGGAAGUACGUCUUCUGGCCGGACAAGGCGUCUUCCCAUUACGCCAAGAAGACGCUGGCGUAUCUUGAGGAGAGAAAGAUACCGUUCGUGCCGAAAGAUCGUAACCCAACAAACUUGCCCUAGUGCCGCCCAAUAGAGGAUUUCUUUGGCUCACACAAUUGGAGGGCCAAGGACACGAAGCAACUGACUACAAGAAUCCGGAAUUGUAUCCGGAAAAUGGACGUAAGUGCCGUACAACGUUCUAGUGAGAGCAUCGCGACAAAGUUGCGUCGAACAGCAGACCACGGCCCUUACUCAAACAUUCACUGACAUUUUUUUGAAGAAAAUACAUUAUGUUAUUAAUAAAAAAUACUGAAAUCGAAGAAAAAUUUUUUUUUUUUAUAUGUUAUUCAAAAAAUUAUCAUUUUUUAUUUAACACCCGUUAGUUGCAUGUCGAAACUUGUUUCCAACAGCAACAAGUCAUGUGCAACUUAGAGCAUUUGAUGGAAGGAUGGGAAUGAUUUUAGAAGUGGAUAAUUUAGACGCAAAUAUGCUUUUUUCGCACUGGAAUGCAUAAAAACCAUCAAAAAAAAAACUAAAUGGACGAGAAUUUCGCCAAAUAUGCUUCUUUUCAUAUACCGCACAAAAGAAAAAUCGCACAAAAACAGGUUUUCCUGUACAUUACAAAGUAAAUGUCACACACAAGAGAACAACCUCUCUCGAUAUUGUUCGUUCACACGUUGUUGUGUUUGUUCUCUGUAUUAGCAUUUCGAGCGACUGAUUCACAGUGGUAUUUGCGGUUGUUCCUUAUUGACGGUACGGGUAGGUAAUCGCACAAAUUAGCGAAACAAGUAUAUGUUCAAAUGAAAAUGAUUCUAAUUUUCAUCAAUUUAAACUAGACUCGGUGAUAAUAAUGUAUAGCAUAUCUAUAGCACAAAUUUUGCAGACUCUUCGAAUCCAUUGGUAUGAAAAGCAUACAAAAAAAACCUUUCACAACAAAAAUAGUUAUCAACGUUAACAUUAUAUAAUAAAACAUAAUACUGACUAUCUGGAGCAGCGGUACUCAAUCUUUUUUUCCGGGGGGACCACAAAAACGAGUCAGUAAGGAUGUCGGGGACCGCAAAAAAAAAAUAAGAAGAGUGAUGUCCAAAUUCAAGAAUGAAACUCUUUAGUACAUUCUUUGGGUAGCACUGACAAGACCCGAUAAAUGAAUGCUUUCACGAAAUGAGAGUUUCGUCAUAAAUCCGAACAUGCUCAUAAAUUCAUAGAAACUCUCUCCCAGCAAAAAAUUAUACAAAUCAAUUAGCUUUUGAUUACAUUAGUUGUUCUCGAACGCAUCGAAAUUUUCAAAAUACCUAUUUAGUCGACUGUUUUGUAGGCCCUAAGAAGGAUCGAUUUGUUUGCGUGGCUUUAAGAAGCAGUUGAAGAUGGGUGAUUCAUGAUUCAUUUUUGUCCUCUCGAGAACAAUACACGGCCGCAGCGUGAUGAACACGUUGCGGCCUGAGGCGAUAUCAUAUUCUUACUCCCACCAACACAAAAAAAAACAAUUCGUACUUGUGAUUCAACCAUACGCAGCCUAUGUGUACGCUAUGAAAACCGAUGUGGUAAGUUCUAUAUAUUUCAAUAGCUUUAAACAAAAUGGUCGAAAAGUUUUUGAACGAUAGAGAAUAUUUUUUGAGAUAAUAAGUAACAAACAUUGUCAUACCACUUCGUUCAACUGGCAAAAAGAUAUUAACGCUUAAAUCCUUGCACCUCAAACAUAACGCUCUCGUUUUCAAAAUUUAAAACUUGCACCCCAGUGCAGAGAUGAUGUGGUGCAAAAAUACAGAAGCACGCUCCACCAGACGAUAUGAAAAUCGAUGUGAUGCCUCUACCGAACCACUUCCGUUCUUCCUUUGUAUCGAGCAUAUCAGCUGUGUCUGACAUCGGCAUUGAGAAUUGAAAAAGACUACCUUCUGCUAGCCGGAGCAAGACUGUGACUUCGAUAGUAAAGAUCAUGUUUUUAACUACAAAGGCUUUGAAAUUUCUCCUUUAAAAUUCGCCUCUAGCCUUGAAAAAGGUCAAUAUGGAAACUAAUAUAAACUCUCGGCCUUUAGAAAGACCCUUUGGAAGAACUCACUGCCAUUUUUUCGCAAGCUGAAUGCCUGAGCAAACGUCAAUGCUGUGAAAUUGUGAAUAGCUUGUUUAUACUCAAUAAAUUGAAAACGAGUGUAGCUCAAAUUGGAAUAUUAUAGAAACCAUUAUAUAUAUCAUAGAACGAACGGAGCAUCUGCUAUUAUUUCUCAUGAAAACGAGCCCAGUUUUCUGAUUUGGCACCGUGAAAGACGUAGUCAUACGUGAAAAAUAGAUAAUGUUUUUAGAUUUUCGUUAUUGUUACACAUACAAAAUAGUUCAAGAAAAAGUGACACCACAUGGCCCAACCACAAGAGCUCGCCGGGAAGAGCGCCCGCGGGUCGCAGGUUGAGUAUAGCUGAUCUAUAGCCAUUGCUACGAGUGGUCAACUGCGAUUGCGGCGAAUAUUUUCAAAGAAAUCCAAAAUCUACAUGCAAUGAAUACAGAACCCUUCACCUUUCUUAGGAAACACUUAUUGCAGUUCUCACAUUCCUUAACCUUGAGCUAGUUGUUGCUUUCCGUGAUUUACAUGAAUCAACGAAUUUGCACAAAAAACACACUGAAUGGCGCUUAGGAACAGCAAAUCAAGUUGUUCAAGUUUCGGUGACUCGAGCUUUCAGUAGUCAAUAACGACGCCGGCCACAUCCUUUCCAGGGGAAGGAAAAGAAUGUUAGUAUGAUAUUUGCACUCAAAAGGGUCGCCUUUAUAGUGCAAAUAUCCUUGUGAUUGUCAUCGAUGGAACGAAAAUCCGAAAAUCUCAUGUGUCGCAACACGCGGCGGAGAUCAUCUUCAAGUAUCACACGUACUUUUGAUCGAAAUUCAAUCGCAAUUUCGGUCAUGCUACCAUAGAGAUCCGUCAUUUGCAUGCGUUGCGUUGAUUCCCGUUCUAGUCGAUGAAAUUUCCGUCAAAGAAUUUUUAUUUAGGUUUUACUGGUACACGAGUGAUCUAGGAUUUGCCACUUGGAAUACAGCCAGGGUGUGAUCGACAAAAAUCACAACCAAGUACUGAAACAAUGAAGCUUAGGAUAUAUUUUUGAUUUGAAAAAAAUUUGAAUGCUAUAAAUGUCAAGUUUUUUUCGAAUUAUUAUUUCAUUUCAAAAGGUUAUCCAAUUCUCUAAAAAUCCGAAAUAUUGUGGUAUACACAAUAUAACUGAAUUAGUAAAAGGCAAAAUUUGUACACUCAUCUUUCAUUAAUAUUUUUCUAAUUCUACAAACAGCAUGGACAGAUCUUGAAGAACGAAUGAAUAUGGAGAUUAUUAGCUCUCAGUCACUACACUCGCGGCCGCCAGAAACCCGUUUGAUAAUAACUGGCCUUGACCGUUCAAUUGCAUCGCUACUCUUAACAAAACAAGCUUCCCACAAUGGCGCGUGUUUUCUGGAUUAAAUGUAUCAUUUUCUGCACGAUUCUAACGUGCCGGCGCAGUUUGACAUUCGCUAACGAUGAUGUAGUGCCGUCCGGAUUUGGCUACGAGCUGCUGAUUACCAAAAUGGAACUACUCGAACACAAAGUGUCCACCUUGGAAGCAAUUGUGGCAGAUCUGAAGGCCCAACAAGUCAGGUUAGUUGAAAAUAUCAACUCGUUGAAAGCGUCUUGCCCAGAAGGGUCUAUGGACACAACGGGAGGCUACAAAUCCUGCAGUGAUGCCCCAACCAAAAUUCCAGGAGUGGUUUCAUUGAAUCCUCCGAGAGGUCCUCCGUUCGAUGCACUCUGUGACUUCCAUAAUCAUGGCGGAGGCUGGACAAUAAUACAACAUCGAUUCAGCGGAGAAGAAGACUUUUAUCGUACCUGGGAAGAGUACAAGCGUGGUUUCGGGAAGUUGACGGGGGAAUUCUGGCUGGGCCUUGAGAAAAUCUACAGAAUAACGAACUCGGGCGACUUCGAACUGAUGUUUAUUCUGACGGAUCGCGAUUUGAACUUAGUAUACGCCAAGUAUAGCCUAUUCAGGAUAGGCAGUGAAGACGAAGGAUACUUGAUAACUCGUUUGGGAAAUUACUCCGGAACGGCUGGCGAUUCCUUUAGCUACCAUUCGGGAAUGAAAUUCACCACUUGGGAUCGAAAGAAUGACAAAAUUCCUGGGAGCAACAAUAACUGCGCAGUUACGUUCCAUGGUGCUUGGUGGUACAACAAUUGUCAGACAAGCAAUUUGAAUGGACGUUAUAGGGGCGACGGAGAAUCCACCUGUUGGAACACUUACAAUCCACCGAAAUUUGCCUGGUGCAACGGUUUCAAUAGCAUACUCAUUAUGAUACGUGAAACGAAUUAAAUUGAUUUAUCAUUCAUUACCUUCAAAGAAUUAAUCGAAUUAUGGAAGUAAACCACUCUCAAAGAACUUCCACGUGCAUUUAUUAAUAUAACUGACAAUUAUCCAAUGUAAAUAAUUCUACCACAUCAAAUAAGAUACCUGAUGAUUAAUUAGAAGGACAUUCUUCAUCUUGCAUUGAAGCUUCAACACUCCCACUCACGUUUAUCCAAGUACAAAAAUACAACACGAUCUGCUGAUGGCAAACCGCUUGUUAUGUCCGGUGCCUUUCGGUGAAAUUUUCUCUCCUCCGAACAAUGAAUUACGACCCAUAGAUUUUCCCACUGUUGCUACCAUCUCGAAGGUCGCUCACCUUCAAUCGCUGCUUCUAUUGCUCGCAGAAGGUGAAGAUGCAACCAAAGCCAUUCAAGCGCAGUUUUGACUCCCACCAGCGCCAUUCCUCCGAAAACGGAAUUUCGAAUUCAUGCUUUCCCAUAAACGCACGGAAACUGAUGGCAUUUGUUGAUCCGCACAGAAGACGGUGUCUGGACGCGUCGUCACGAAUAGAAAAUUAUGCUUUCGCCGCUUUUACGCCAAAAAGCAAACACUGAGAAUGGACAGAUGCACAUCUAACCAGCAGCAGGCACGGUUCGCCUGACAAUUCGCUAGAUUCCGGGAGCGGGAUUGUGUACGAGAGAUUAGUGGGUUUUUAUACAGAGGUGAACUUGGCCACUAUAUUGGAUCCCCUAUUGGGAUGCUCCAUAGGGAUGAUGACUGGGACGUUAGCUUCAGACAGAGUCUAUAGGAUUAGGACUUUGGACAGACACAAAAACAACACAAUCGCAUGGUGUGUUUCUAAAACGGUAUAUCGGUUAGAUUAAAGUGAGGCAACUCGGAAUGUUUUGAAAGCAAACCGAUUCAGAAAUAGCGACAGCGGCAAGGGUAUAGCAAAACAAUGCGAAACGUGACUGAGAACUUGGGGCACAACGGGAGGCCACCUCUCCGAGGGAGAACUCGUGAAUCUGAUGGUGGCUUAUGUAUGAAUACUCCAGUACAAGGUGAAACAAAAGGUGCUUUGAUUGUUGGCGGGUUGGGCGACGUGAUGAUUCGGCGGAGGGAUUUUGAUGUUGGUGAAAAAUCAGCACCUAGUCCCACCAAAAUGUGGGCGUUAAUGGACAUAAACAUUUAAAGGUUCCGGUUCUAAGAUCCUUGGCUGUGUCUUCUGAUGAUAUUACAGACGAUCAUAUAUAUGUCAAAGUUAUCUUAAAAAUAACAAU